AAAAAAUAUUGUUGCAGAACAAUUCUUUGUUGAUAGAGGAUGUAUAUUGAAAAAAGGAUUUGUUAGAAUGUUGGGCAGAUAGCAGGCUCUAAAACCUAUGAAACCUAAAUGUGACCUUCUUCUCUAUAUUCACGCUAGUGAAAUUCAAGCUCUAUGAUGCCAAGCCACAUUGCUGCCAAAAAUUCAUCCCUUUCCCUUCCUCCCAAUACUUCUGUACCUUGUGCCAAUACACAACAGAACAUGCCACCUGCAAGUAUAAACAACCCUUUUCUAAUGUUUCAGCCAAAUACAAAAAGCUACGAAGAUAUGACUUUAAUUGGAAAUGGGGCAUAUGGUACCGUAUAUAAAGCUAAAGACUUGGCAAAUAAUGGUCAAUUUGUGGCUUUGAAAAAAGUUAGAGUGCCAUUAGGUGAGGAUGGUGUCCCCGUAAAUGCAGUUAGAGAGAUAGCUUUGCUAAAGCAGCUGACUUCAUUUGAACAUCCCAACGUAGUUAGGUUAUUAGAUAUUUGCCAAGGACGCAAGUUGGAAAAUGAACGGCAAAUGCUGUUAUAUCUUGUAUUUGAACAUGUUGACCAAGAUUUAUCUACAUACCUAGAGAAAUGUCCUUCUCCAGGAUUAGGACCAGAAAGAAUUAAAGAUAUCACGUAUCAACUACUUAAUGGCCUUGACUUCUUGCAUUUCAAUAGAGUCUUACACAGAGAUCUCAAACCUCAAAAUAUUCUUAUAUCAAAUCAAGGAAUUGUGAAAUUAGCAGACUUUGGUUUGGCACGUCUUUACACCAGCAAUGUUACGUUAACAUCAGUAGUUGUAACCCUUUGGUACCGUCCCCCAGAAGUACUUAUGGCUCAACCCUAUGGUACUGCAGUAGAUGUCUGGAGUUGUGGAUGCAUCCUUGCAGAGCUCUAUAGGAGAAAACCUUUGUUUCCUGGUGAAAAUGAGGUAGAUCAAUUAGCAAAAAUUUUUGAGGUUGUUGGUAGUCCUUCACAAUCUGACUGGCCACUAGAUGUAUCUCUUCCAUGGACUACUUUCAAAUUUUACAAAGGCGUACCUUUUAGAGAUGUUGUUCCAGAAAUUUGUUCUGAUGGUGCUGAUUUGUUAAAAAAAAUGGUAUGCUACGAUCCAGUUCAACGAAUAUCUUGUGCUGCAGCCAUGAAACAUCCAUAUUUUAGAGAUUUUGAAAUGAAUCCACCUUCUUGCAUCAAAGAUACUCUACAAAAUAAUACCCAACAUCCGAAAGCUUCUAGGUUUUAUAAAAUUUCAUAGGUCAUUUUAAGAAAAUAUAGAAGAAGAAAAAGAUAAGUCAUGAUGUUUGAAAACUUCUAUAUCUAACAAGUUUUGUGCCUUAAAAAAUCAUAUGUAUGUUUCCCUGUUUUCUUUGUGAAAAAUAUUUAACUAAAAUGAUAGUUUGUAUAAAGAAAAUUUCAAACAAACUCCAAAUUUUCCAACCAAGGGACUAGCAAAAUUUUGGAAUCUUCACAAUGAAUUUGCUCAACAAAAACCAUGUCCACAUGCAUGUAAAUGCAAUAAUUAAUCAAAUUGGAGUUUGGGAACCUAAGUGUUGUAAUCU